AUGACGCCAGCAACCAAGCCAAUCCGUCUCGUUCGCCUCGCGCACGUCUGCUACACCCACGUGGACCUCGCAGCAGCGUCCCGGUUUCUCAUAGAUUUCGGCUUCCAGGAGCUGACCCAGACUGUUUCGCCGAGCACCGGCCAGAGAACAAUCUACUACCGCGGCACAACCACCCAGCAGCCCUUUGUCUACUGCGCGCGCGAAGGGCCCGAGGACGCCUUUGGCGGUGCCGCGUUUGUGGUCGAAUCACGAGAAGACUUUGACUAUGCGGCUGAGACACUUCCUGGGCCGGCGGGGAUUGUUGAUUUGGAGGCAGAAGGUGUUCCUGGAGGCGGACUGUCUCUCACAUUCCACGACCCGGUCGAUGGAUUUCCGUUUCAUCUGGUCUGGGGCCAGCGAGGGCGAGAAGAGGAGGGGGAGAAACAGGGGGAAGACGGCUUGCCAGUGUUGCAGUAUAAUUUUCCUACAGAAAAGCAUCGGCCAGGAAAUAGCAGUCAGAGGUUCAAACCGGGUAUGUCCUCCCUGGCAUCACCUGGCAUCAAUUACUGUAUACAAACUAACCUGCGAUCAGGCCCCGCUCCCGUCCACAAACUCGGGCAUUUUGGCAUGUGCGUGACGGAUUUUGCACGCGCCUACGAGUUUUAUACUACUCGGUUCAACUUCAAGGCUAGCGACCUCAUCCACGACGAAGCCGGCAAAGACGUGACCGCGUUCCUGCACCUGGACCGUGGCCGCGAGCUCGUAGACCACCACUGCUUCUUCAUUUUCGAAGGGCCCAAGUGGCAUGUGCAUCACUCGUCUUUUGAAACACAUGAUUUUGAUACGCAGUUGCUGGGCCACCAUUGGUUAAGGGAGAAGGGAUACACGAAUUGUUGGGGGGUGGGGAGGCAUAUCAUGGGGAGUCAGAUUUUUGAUUACUGGUUUGAUCCGUCUCGGUUUAUUCUGGAGCAUUAUGUGGAUGGGGAUCUGGUGGAUGAGACGUACCCUACCCAUCGCUCACUUGCUUCGCCGGAUAACCUGCAUGUUUGGGGUGGGUCCUUCUUAUUCUUCCAUGUCCGUACGAGAUACUGGUCCUGGUGCUAA